AUGUCUGCGAGGACCAGAAAUCAACGCAUCAAGGAAGAAGAAAUGGAUGAACUCUAUCGGCCCUUGCCAAAGUUGUUGGUCGGGCAUCCAUAUGCUGCGGUAUUACCCGUCCAGGGAGUCAAUAUUGUUGUGGGGGGUUAUCAGGUGGGUGAUCUGCCCCCUGACGGACUGGUACCGACAAACAAUGAAGGGUAUAUAGAAGCGAGCCAUCUAAACCUGCCUGAACUUAGAAGAAAACUUAGAGCUAUCUAUUGGUUUUAUCACGACGAUAGUCUGUUCAUCCCCCACAAUGCCUCACUGCAAAUGUGCCGCCAGGGUUUGGUAGCUCUUAAGAGGUUUCACCUUCCUUGA